AUGGUUAAAGAAAAUGAAGCAAUUGUCGUUAAAAAACGACGAAAAUCAAUGAGUAAUAGUAGUAGCACUAAUAGUAAUGCCAGUGCGAUUAAAGAAAACGAUAUGUAUAAGGCAAUAAUUGCAUACGAAGAAAAAGAAGCAACAUCACGCUCCCCUGAACAAGAUUCAAUAAAUUUUUUUUCCACUUGUCAAUCUAUAAGAGACACUAUGAGUAAAAUAGCUAAACUCAAAACCACUGACGAGUCUUCUUCUGCAAAAGAUGAGAUACGUGAAUUGCAAAUUCAAACAUCACUUUCAUUUAUUGAGUUGAAAAAAUUGAACCGUAUGGAAAAAUUCAGGACAAAAUUUGCACGAGAUUCUUUGGCUGAUGCUAAAAGUGAAGUUGACAGCCGUCAUUUACAAUUACAAAAUUUAUUAUAUGAAGUUAUGCAUUUGAAAAAGGAAGUUGUCAAGUGUUUACAAUUCAAAUCUAAGGACGAGUUAAUAGAACUUGUACCUGAAGAAGAAUUUUAUAAAGAAGCACCGGAAAGCCUGAGCCAGCCGGAAAUAACAAAAAAUGAUGAUCACAAACUUCGGUUAGCUCGAUUAGAGUGGGAAUUGACUCAAAGAAAACAAUUGUCCUCGCUGUGUGAUGAAUUAACUGACAACAAAAAAACAGUUGCCGAAAGUAUCGAGACUAAACAGCAGCGACUGGACAAUUUAGGACCACAAUUACGGUCAAUACUUGAAGCAAGUAAACCUCUGCAAGACAGUUUGGGUCUUCCGCUUGAUAAAAUUCACCAAGAACAUCAAAGAGCCAGAUUAUUGCCGUCUCCUUUGUACGUACUUUACGUAAAAGCAACAGCAUAUCGUGACGCAUAUGACUUGAGUUUGAUUGUCAGUGUUGAAGGUGACGAUGAGGACGCUAAGAGGAUAAAUAAUAACGAGGGUACUCAAGAGUCAGACUCGGAUGUUGAAGGGCAAUCAGAGACAUUACCUGAUGAUAUUCCGGUUCAUAAAAAACGGCAUCAUCGUAUUUCACGUGAAGCUAGAGAGGAAGAAAAAAAAUUAAAAAUUCUUCACAAACAUCCACUUGCUGUUAAAAUAAUAAUAACUAUUAAUUCUGAUACUAAAAUAAUAUUAAAUUUUUUUUACUUGACUUUCUUAAAAGUAAUUACUGUUGAAUCAACUCUGGAUAAUAUUGAUAAUGACAACGUUAUUUUGGCUGGUGAUAAUAAUAUGUUAAAUUCCGAGUGUAUUCUUCGUGAGUUGUAUCCCCAAGAUACCGGUUUAGAAAGUCCUAAUCCAGCAAAUAAUUAUCAAUUGAAGCGAUAUCAUUUGGCGGGAUUUUCUUCACUGGGUCUUGGUAUUCCUUACAAGUGGGCUCAGAGAAUGGCUGGUCUUAAUUUUAUUACUGGUGAUAUUAUUAAUUUAUCUGAUGAGCAUAUGACUCGUCAAAAAACAAAUUCACAAAAUAGUAUUGAAAGUAUAUUCAAAGAAAUAAAACGUCGUGUAAAAGCUCGGUUGGAUUUGUCUAGUGAAAUUCAUCUGCUUGAAUCAGGUAACAUUGCACUUUCUGGUGACUUUAGUGAUUCAAUUAAUCCUCAAAAAAUUUCAACUUGUCUCAAUAAAUUUACCUCAAUAUCCUGGAAAAAUUAUUCUACUUAUCCAGAUACUCAAAAUAUUAUUAAAAAUAAUUUAGUAUCACCUUCAGAUAGCUAUUAUGAAGCUGUAUUACGUCAUGAUGAUCAUCAACUUAUUGCGCUAAUUGCAGUAAAGCCAGAUUAUCCAAAAUCACCAGCAAUAAUAAGUGUAAACAUGAAUUCCACGAAAUCAAAUUGGUCAGCAGAUGUUAUUCGUGACAUUGAACGUGAAAUAAAUGUCAUGUGGGAUCAUUAUCCACCUACACUGUCAACCCAAUUACAGCGACUUAGAAUGUGCUUUGAUAUUUAUUUGGAGACUGGAGGUUUGGUACCACGUCAAAAAAUAUUCUUUCAUUCUGUCAAAGGCCGCACACGUGCAUGUCCCUACAAAUAUUUAAAUAUUGGCGGAGGAAUUUUUACUCAACGUUAAUUCAAUUCAAGUAUAUUUUUUAUUAUAAUAUACAUAUAAAUUUUAGUUAA